CCAGAUGCCUCUUGUGAAAGCUGUCAUCAUGUGCAUAGCCCAGAUCCUGGCCCGAAAUCGUGACCUUCAAUUGAGUUUGAGCCACGAUGGAACAUCAGACCGGAGACGAUCAAUCCUUCACGGAUCUGCUCGAGGCCUGCACGGAUGGCUUUCUCAAACGCCAGAAGACCGCCUUGUCAUCAGGUGGAAUGACGACACAUGGCCGGGAGCCGCGAGAGCGGAACUCAAGCUCCUCAGUCUCAAAGCCAGUUCGUAUGCCUGCAAUUGGAACGGUAUCCAACGCUUUGUGUCCGCCAUGCUCAGGUGAUUGCAGCCGCAGUGGAUUGCAAUGUGACGACAACCGUCCCUGCCAACGAUUUGUCCGGGACCGAACCUUCUAUGAGGAGGUUUACAUGUUGUGGUUGGCACCAUGGGCUCAAACCUGCCAGGAGUACCGCAUUCCUUUGCCGAACCUGCAUACGCUCCAGCAAGCUACACUGGCAAAGCUCAUCUCCACACAUUUCGACUAAACCCUUUUGCAUCUCGAUGGCCAAUGAUGCUCCCAGAAGCAUCCGUGCUAGCACGCGGCCCAACACGGGCGAGAUCACCCGCUCGCCG